AAUUGUGUUAAAAGUAAUGUAUAAAAUGAAAUUACUGUAGUUCAGGUUACAAGUGAUUGCGUGGAUAGAUACGUACCGUAAUGCUAAUUCACGAUCAAAGGUCGAUCAUAAUAUAGAUAUAAAUAUGUUUCUUACAUAUAAAACAUCGAUCGAGUUUUAUCAUAUUCUCGUAUUGUGUUGAUCGAUUAUCAAGAACGUUAAAUGUGUAUUUUAUUUCUUUAAACACUGUUCAGUUUUUUAAUUCAUUUUCAAUUUAAUUUGAUUGCUGUAUCAGGGCGUAGCUAUCGUUUUCAUAAUUAUAAUUAUAUUUUAUAUACUAUAUCUGCAACAUGAUAAACUCUGGGAAAUUGGCAGGACGUACUAUUUUCAUAACGGGUGCAUCAAGAGGCAUCGGAAAGAGUAUAGCUUUAAAAGCAGCAAGAGAUGGAGCAAAUAUAGUAGUUGCAGCAAAAACGGCAGAACCUCAUCCUAAAUUACCAGGCACCAUUUACACAGCAGUAGCAGAAAUCGAAGAAGCAGGUGGUAAAGCUCUGCCUUGCAUUGUCGAUGUCAGAGAUGAAGGACAAGUUAAAUCUGCCGUUGAAAAUGCAGUUAAUAAAUUUGGUGGGAUUGAUAUCGUUGUUAACAAUGCCAGUGCUAUAUCUUUAACAGGUACUCUGGCUACGGAUAUGAAAAAGUAUGAUCUUAUGAAUAAUAUUAAUGCAAGGGGUACUUUCCUCGUGUCAAAAUUGUGUAUACCUUAUCUAAAAAAGAGCACUAAUCCCCAUAUAGUGAAUAUAAGUCCACCGCUGAAUAUGAAACCAAUGUGGUUCCAAAAUCAUGUGGCAUACACGAUGGCCAAAUAUGGAAUGUCCAUGUGCGUACUUGGUAUGGCAGAAGAGUUUAAAGAAGAUGGUAUUGCUGUUAAUGCUGUGUGGCCACAAACUGCUAUCUUUACUGCUGCAAUAGAAAUGUUAACGGGGUCAGACUCUAGUAAUCACAGUCGUAAACCUGAUAUUGUGGCAGAUGCGGUUUAUGCUUUGAUUUGUAAAGAUAGUAGAUCUGUUACUGGACAAUUUUUAGUUGACGAAGAAAUAUUAAGAAAAGAAGGGAUUACCGAUUUUAAAAGUUAUGCUUGCAAUCCAGAUAAUGCAGAUAAUUUGAUGCUAGAUUUCUUUUUGGAUGAUCAUGUUAAUUUCCCAAUUAAUUUGAAUACCGUAAAGAAUACCGCUAAACAGUCAUCUCAGAAAUCUGAUAAUUUAGGUAGCGGAAAAAUUGCAGAUAUAUUUUCUGCUAUCAAUGCUAAUUUGAGUGCAGAACUUGUAAGCAAAACUAAGGCUGUAUUUCAAUUCAAUGUUACAGGAGAGGAAGCUAGUACAUGGUAUUUAGAUCUUAAAAGUGGUACUGGUUCUACGGGCAAAGGUGAACCAAAAGAUCCAGCAGAUGCAAUUCUUACAAUGAAUUCGGAACAAUUCUUUGCAAUGUUUUCUGGUAAAUUAAAACCAGCUACUGCAUUUAUGACAGGAAAAUUGAAGAUCAGUGGUAAUCUUCAAAAAGCUAUGAAAUUAGAAAAAUUAAUGGUUUCCUUAAAAUCUAAACUUUAAGACUGAGAUCUUUCUUCAUCUUAUAUACUUUUUUUUUCAAUAUUACGAAUAUACAAAUUUUAAUGCAUUUUAUCGAAUGCAUAUAUUGUUAUAUAUUUUUUCAGAUGAUAUAUACCGAAAUUUAAAAAAAUUAUAUUAUUUGUUAUAUAUAUAAAGAGAGAGAGAGAGAGAGAGAGAGAGAGAGAAAAAUACAUUUUAUAUAUACUUAUAU